AUGGAGAAUUUUAGAGCAACACUGCAUGACUGUGGGUUGGGGGAUCUUGGCUAUAAAGGACCGAGUUAUACUAGGAGAAAUAAAAGAGAACUUGGUGCUUUUAUCAAAGAGCAUUUAGACAGGGCUGUGGCUAAUGAAGAAUGGUGCAACAAAUUUCCAGAUUUUGAAGUAGAAGUUCUAGUAGCCCUAAGUUCAGACCAUAAUCCUAUUCUGCUGACUCUAUGCUCUCUUCGAACCAACAUCAAACGUCCCAAGGCUUUCAAAUACGAAGCAGCUUGGCAUGUGGAUGUUGAAUGUGUGGAGGUUGUAAAAGCGGCUUGGGGCAGUGAUAUUGAAGAUGCAGACUCUCGGAUUGUUACACAGGAAAAAAUGGUUAAGUGUAGGGAAGCCUUGUCGGAAUGGAGCAGAAACAAAUUCGGGUUAAAUGGCAGGAGAAUUAGGGAGCUGACUAGACGGUUGGGAGUAUUGCAACAUCAUGAAAUCCCGGAUAACUUGGAAUCUAUAAAAAACGUCGAGGAGGAAACACAUCAUUUGUUGGAAAUGGAAGAACUGUACUGGAAACAGAGAGCAAAGUGCAACUGGUUCCAACAUGGAGACCGCAAUACAAAGUUCUUUCACGCCUGGGCCACUGAGAGAAAGCGGAGAAAUCAUAUAGAGCGGAUUCAUGAUGAAACGGGUAGGGAAUGGACAAAGCAGGAGGAUAUUGGUUGA